UUGCCGAAGAGUUAAAGAAAGAAGUAAAAGAAAAACUAAUCCCUCAAAAAGAAACCAUCGUCGUUUUCGAUGAAGCCCACUUCAAUGAUGCCGGUUAUCAAUCUCUCCAAUUCGAAAUGAUAAAAGCCGGUUAUAACUGCUUAAGAAUGUCUGCUACUUUUCCCGGAGCGGAAUUCUCCACCACUUCUUCUUAUCCCAUGAAAAGAAUUCAUUGCGAUGGCCCUAUUGAUCCGAACAUGCCGGGCGGAUUAAUGAUUUACCAAAAUGCCGAGCAAGUAGAAAAAUUAGAAAACUUACGGGGAGUUCCGGUCGGCAUCAACUCGGAAGAAAGAAUUCAAACGGGAAAUACUUGGAUUUUUGGGAAAAACCUAGAACUAAGUGAUGAACAAAUCCGAACUUUGGGCAAUAAUGUCUCUUACAUGGUCUAUACUCCCGAAUUUGACGAGAAUUGUGAGGAUAUUUCACAUGGUCGGCCAAAGGGUUCCGCCGAUAAUGUUGAUGACAGCAAAGCCAUGGGUUAUACUCCCAGAAUAGAUACGGUGAUUUGUUUAGGAGCCAUUGAAACCACUAAUUUAGGAAAAUACUUUACUUAUUCUGAUCCUACUCUUGGAUUUAUCGACAUUUUUAAUUUAGUUCAGGAAAUGGGGCGGGUUUCUCGAACCAGUUAUGGUUUAGCCAUUACCCUAACCAAAGAAUGUGGAGAAGUUGAUUUAAGUGAUAAUGUUAGUGCGGCUAUGGUCCGAACUACUUUUAACGGCGAUAUCAAGCAAAUUAACGACAAAGAGUAUAAGCAGAUUUACGAUAUAGAUAUCUUGCGGGGAGCCUUGGCUUAUCCGGAUCCGAAAACUUUCGGCAAAGCCCCGGAAGAAAUUCUUAUGGGUCUGAAAAUUACCAAAGACCAACAAUCUAAAAAAGAAAAAUUAACUCAACUAGUUUGA